AUGAAAGUAGAGUCGAGUUCAGACACAAAGUCGCAGCUGAACAGUGCUGAAACUACAAUCAAGUCUACUCCCUUUCUCGGAUCUUUGGCUGACUCUAUUCUUAUUUUGAUAGAUGAACGGAAAGUUGAUGAUGCCAUCAGUUUGAUUCAAGUGUAUCUUGAUCAAUCUAGUUAUCCUCAGAGUUCUACAACCAGUAAACUGUUUGCAUUGAUUUUUCAUGAUCCAAAGGUCGAAUUGCACGAGGUUGCCAUGUUUGUUACGCUUUACACCAAUCUUAUCCUGAUACAUGGCCCAGAGGUGUUUGAUGAUGUAUGGAUUAGACCAAAAGGCAGUGUUAGUACAUUUUGGAUAGCGGUAGAACAGGCAUGGGAUAAACUUUUUAAAGCGAUUAAAUUGCAGGAUGAAAAAGAGAUUCGUAGAAUGCUGCUGAUCAUGGAUCUUUUUCUUGAUAUAGCAAUGCGAGUUAUCACUUUGAAUGAUGAACAAUGCAAGAUGAGGGAAGUUGUUAUUGGAUCUAUUGGUAGACGAAUGGGUCUUCCCACUGGAAUUGUUGAAGCCAUUGAUACCAUUCAGAAACUGUCAGGAAAAUCACCAGUUAAAUUAUUUACCACACACUUGGUUCGCUUCACCUCGUUGUGGUUCAAUGUAUUUGGCGCAUACAAGUGUACUAAUGAAGGCAUGGAUUAUCACGAACUACUGUCUGAAAAAGCCAUCGAGAUCAUUCGAUCACUUUCAAACAUGAGCAUCUCAUGUGCAGCAGCAGAAACACUGUCCAAAUCACUCGAUGCUAAAAUUAGUCGAUCAGCGGAUAAGUCUAUUGACACAUCGCUCGUACUAAAUACUGAAUGGCAUUAUCAUCAAACACUUGUUGCUUUUGUUAGAACACUUGAUCCAGGCCAGUUUCUUUGGCAGUUCUGUGAUCACACGCUUGUAUCAACAAACGUUUAUCCAGUGACUGUUCGACAUUUAGCAAAAGCCAAACCGACUUGGCAAAAGAUAUCUCAGGUCCAUUUGCAGUCCAAACCUGCAAGAGUAACAGUAGGUACGAUGUGGGUGCAUGCAAUUCUGCUUAGCCGUUUAAUGGAAAGCAUAGAAUUGGAGGCAAGCCAGUUGGAUAUUGCACGAGCGUCGAUCGAAUCGAUUAUAGAAGAGAUUCGCGAAGAUUUGUCAAAUGCUAAAAGUAGGCGAGGUGGGCAGUCUAAACAUGCUUUGGAUGCUUCUGCUUUUGGAUCAAAAAACAGUGAUAUGAUACAGACUGCCACAAUAGGACCAGCAGCAGCCAAGCGAUCUAUACAGUCCUGCUCAACAAUUGACGAUGACAGAGUAUAUCCUAUCGACCAAUAUAUGCUACGAUGGCCAGAUAUGAUGAUGAUGAUGUGUGAAUCAGCCCUGACACUCUGAUACAUUUGUUUUUAUAAACCAUGAUUAUGCAGCUCAAAUACAUUGCCUUGCGUGUGGUGUUGAGCAUCUCCAAAUAUCAAAGUCGACACUAUGUGUAGGGUUUCAAUAUGUAAAAUAGCAAGGCUACAUGUAUAUACGGAAAUAUACUGUUUUUCAACU